AUGGAGAUUCAAUGCCAUGACCUUCAAGAUUGGCACUUUUUGGAAGAUUGGCAACAAAGGUUAUUAUUUGAAGAAUCGUUAUUGCCACCAGUUUUUCAGGAUUAUCUUCUUGAUUAUCCUUCCACCAAUAAUCAAUACCUAAAUAACUUAGAAAAUUUAGGAACUGAUUUUCAAUUAUGGGAUGAAUGCCCUCCCUUAUGUGAAGAUGCAUGGAUGAAGCCUCUUAGACAACUUCCACCUCUAUUACCUUCAUCACUACCCUCCAUGACCAAAAACCCGAACCCUCUUCCUUUCGACGAUGCUCAAUUUUCACUUUCUGACAAUAUAUUGAACGAUCAAUCCUUAGCCACGGUUGUGGCAGAAGGUCUUACGAUGCAAAAACAAGGUAACAAAAUAGUGAAAGUGUCAAAUAUUGUUGGUGAUGAUGAAAAUGAGGAAAUUAGAAAAAAUAAGGCGACGACGACAAAGAUCGAAUCGAUUGGGUACGAAGAAAUAAGGAAGUAUUUCGAUUUGCCGAUUAGUAAGGCAGCUAAAGAGUUGAAUGUUGGGCUAACCAUUUUAAAGAAGAGGUGUAGAGAGUUGAAUAUCAAAAGAUGGCCUCAUAGGAAAAUCAAAAGCUUGGAGGCUCUCAUCAAUAGCACCAAGGAGCUUGGGAUGGUGCAAAUGGCGGAGCGAUUGGAGGAGGAUAAGAGGAAACUCCAUUUUAUGCCGGAAUUUGAAUUAACGGAGGAAACAAAGAGGCUAAGGCAACAAUGUUUCAAGGCCAAUUACAAGAAAAGGAGGGCCUUAGCCUUAAACUAUGUUUGA